ACAAAAGCACGACGCACAUACCCACACUGCCAAAAUAGCGACGGCUAACGAGGCGGCGAUUUUUAGUUGAUAAAAUUACAAAUCACCUCAGUAUGGCAAGAGAAAAGACAGACUCCCAAUGAAAGCUUGAUGGAAGCAUUUAUCCUAAAACUUUGUGAACAGAUGAGACAGCUCCAAAUUCCUUCAAGGCUUAAGAAAAUAUGGACUUUGCCCUUCGUGUGACUUUUAGAUAAACUGACGUCUUUUCUUCUUGUCGGUCUUUUACCUCGCAUAAGCAGACAGCAGUAGACAGGUUGUCUGCUAGCAGGUGGUUGUAGUCAGCCGAGGACCGAUAGGGAAUUAUAAAAAGUUCCAAGAAAAUGGAAGCUGAUCCUGGUCAGGUUAAAGCUACUGUCACUGAAGUGACAAUUGAGGUUCCUUGGGGCCACAUUUCUGGAAAAGUAUGGGGUCCAUUGACCGGAUCACCAGUAUUGUGUGUCCAUGGUACUCAAGAUAAUGCAAAUUCAUUUGAUAAGCUCAUUCCAUUGCUACCCACGUCAUUUUCCUAUGUAGCCAUUGACUUACCAGGUUGUGGUCGUUCAUCCCAUUUCCCACCUGGUUUUAUAUUUUCUAUCACUGAGUAUUGCAUGUCUAUGAAUCGGGUGGUAAAUUAUUUUGGUUGGAAAAAAUUUAUCUAUAUGGGUCAUAGUCUAGGUGGGCAAAUAGGGUAUCUUUAUGCUGCAUUUUAUCCUCAAGAAGUUUCAAAGCUUGUUAUUCUUGAUGCAAUUAUGGCUCACCGGAGAAAGGGGUCUCAUCUUGCGGACUUAAUUCCAAACCAAUAUACAAAGUUGCAAGCAUUAGAGAAGAAACUGCUCUCUAAUUCACCUCCGUCUUACAGUGAAGAUGAGGCGGUGAUGCGACUCAGUGAGGGACGCCCCUUUCCUCUCACACGAGAAGCUGCAAAGGCCCUAUUUUCUAGAGGAGUAGUGAAAAAUGGGGACGGUUAUUAUUUUGUUUAUGACCAAAGAAUGAAACUCAAGAUACCCUUUCAUUAUUCAAAAGAUGAAGUUUUGUCUGUGAUGAGGAGGAUUCAAUGCCCAUUGUUCCUCCUUCGUGCUUCUGAAACUGAUAAAUACUUAGCUCAUAUCACGAGGGAUUUUGAAAAAUUAUUGAAAACAUCUCUUCGGUCAAAAUACAAUUACCUGCUUGUAGAAGGAUCUCAUGAUGUUCAUUUACUCCACCCUGAAAGAUUUUCUAAGAAAUUGAUUGAUUUUCUUACUAGGGUGCAGUCAGCUUUAUAGCAAAUUUUGUUUUCAAAUUUGUGUCAAUGACAUUUUCUUUGACUAUUCAGAGAAACUGUACCUGAAAACUACAGUUUGUCUUUUGUUGCUCAAGCUUCAUAACAUCAUCGUUAAAUGUACUUAAAUGGGAUUGGUUUUAUAUAAGGGGAAGAAAAAGAUAAUUCAAUUGUUCCUCUGGACCAAAUGAAUAAAAUAAUGUAAUCAGUAUUAUAGCAACACACUAUUACAUGACCAAUGUGGGCAAUUUUGUAUUAUAUUUUUAUGCAAGUGCGAAUUUUAAGCAAACGGCUUAAAAAAAUCUAUUUUGAUAAAUACAGUUCAAUGCAUCUCA